AUGGCUACCACAGUGCUGCUGCUAGUUCUGCUGCUGCUUAAAGCCCCUAAUGAGCUUCUGGCCUCUUCGGGGUCAGAUACGGUGGCACCUCCCAGUGCAGCAGCAGCAGCAACAACAGCAGCAGCAGCAGCAGCAGCAGCAGCAGCACAAACGACAGCACGUUUAGCCUUAGCGCUGCCGCCGCGGCGUCUAGAUUACGCCGAAGCGCCAAGUAACAGCAACAGCGACGAAACCAGCAGCAGCAGCAACAGCAGCAGCAGCAGCAGCAGCAGCAGUAGUAGCAGCAACGGGGGCACUGAGGGUAGCCGGAGCAGCAGCAGCACAGACGAUAAUGCGGGCACACGUGGCAGCAGCGAAAAUGAUGACAGCAGCAGCAGCAGCAGCAGCAACAGCAGCAACGGCAGCAGCAGCAGCAGCUGGGAAGGCGAGGCUGGGGACAUCCUCAGCAGCAGCGAGAAGGAGGUGGUUAUGUCCGUUGGUUUGCUGCUGCUGCUGCUGGUUGUUGCUGCUGCUUUGUUUAUAUCUCUUGCUGCUAGGCGCAUGCAGCAGCUGCUGCUGCAGGUCCCUUUGGUGGCUACACUCCUCGGCGUGUUGCUGGGGGCGCUGCUGCAGCAGCAGCAGCAGCAGCAGCGCAGCAGCAGCAGCUUCAGAAGCAUUUUGGCUCUCAAGGAAGAAGUCUUCUUUGUGCUUCUUCUCCCUCCAAUUGUUUUCCAGGGGGGUUUGGAGCUGGUGCAGCGGCCCUUUGGCUGCGUCUUUGCGGAAAACUUCGGAGGCGUUUUGUGGCUGGCUUUGGGCGCCACUGUCUGCAGCACUUUGCUCAUUGGCACCCACAUGCUGGGCGCAGGUUUGCUGCUGCCAGGCGUGUCUUUCAGCCCCCGCCGGGCCUUCGCCGUGGGCGCUCUGAUCUCUUCAACAGACCCUGUGGCGGUUUUGAGUGCCUUCAGAGACCUGCGGGCCAAAAUGCUCAUACACGUCCUCGUCUACAAACACAUCGACUGGAACCGAGAAGAUGCCACUUUGGAAGUGGCGCUGCUGAUGCUUUUCCCCUGGUUAUGCUUUUCCCCUGCGGUUUUUGGGGCGCUCGCGCUGCUGUCGGAAUGCCUCUCUUUUGUCUUUCUUGGCCUCGCCCCCUUUUCUUUCGAUUUGCUGCCCCUCAAAGAAGCCUUUUUGUUUCUUUCGGGCGGUGCUGCUGCAGUUGUAGCCGCACGGUACCCCAAACCCUAA